AUGAUGAAUAAUACACUUACAAUGAAUUCUGAAAUGGAUAAUAAAACUACCUGUCAACAAUAUUUUAAUUUAAAUGAAACAACAUAUAUACCCGAUGUAUAUGAAUUUAAACAACAACCUAUAUUAGUUUUAACGGAUCAACGACAAUUACAAACUAUAACAUCAUUGUCAAAUUCUACACUUCAAAUAACUCAAUCAUCACAGAUUUCUGUAGAAGAUCAAGAACAUCAAAUCUCUUCACGCGUAUCUGACCUAGAAUCAAUAAAUUCAGAUAAUAAUUUCCAUAGAAAUUAUAAUAA